AAGUGUUGAAGUUAGUUAGAGAACCAAUGAAAGAUAUUCCUAGGAAUGAGUGAAGCACGACCCGCAGUGAGACAAUUCCGUGUCCUCGGACUUUUCGGAGACCCAUAUGUGAAUGCGAGACACAGUCACACCAAAAAAACAAAACACCCGUUCGUUCAUUCCACUUCUACAAUGCACAAACAACUACCAUCAAUCUAAUUCCUUUUCAAAUCUCCAAUUCUUUCAUCGCAACGCAACGCUACUUUUUUCAUCACACCAGUAAGCCACAACAUCACGUCUUCAAUAAUCAAAUUUCGUGUGGAUUUUAUUAGGGAUUCUGUAAGGACUGGUUUGGAGAUAUUAUAAAGAUUCAUCAUCAUGGCCACGAAAGGGAACCCGGGAGAUAAUAGAAAUAACAAAGGUCCAAUGUCUAUUUUCAUUGUAUUUGCUUUAUGUGGUUUCUUCUAUAUAUUAGGUUUGUGGCAAAGGAGUGGUUUUGGAAAAGGAGAUAGCAUUGCUGUUGAGAUUACUAAACAUACAGAUUGUACUGUUCUUUCUGAUCUAAACUACGAAACUCACCAUGAUGGUGACGCUGGAACGGAUGAUAAUCCAAACGAACAAGUCAAGGAGUUCAAGCCUUGCGAUGAUCGCUUCAUUGAUUACACGCCUUGCCAUGAUCAAGCAAGGGCGAUGACGUUUCCGCGAGAGAAUAUGAAUUAUAGAGAAAGACAUUGUGCUCCUGAAGAAGAGAAAUUGCAUUGUCUCAUAGCUGCUCCUAGAGGGUAUGCAACGCCGUUUCCUUGGCCUAAGAGCCGCGAUUAUGUGCCGUAUGCAAACGCGCCUUACAAGAGCCUCACAGUUGAGAAGGCUGUGCAGAAUUGGAUACAGUAUGAAGGGAAUGUUUUCAGGUUUCCUGGUGGGGGAACUCAAUUUCCUCAGGGUGCUGAUGCUUACAUUAAUCAACUUGCAGCUGUUAUUCCAUUGGAUAAUGGGAUGGUUAGAACUGCGUUAGAUACUGGGUGCGGGGUUGCGAGUUGGGGUGCUUACUUGUUUAAGAAAAAUGUUAUUGCAAUGUCAAUUGCACCAAGGGACUCUCAUGAAGCGCAGGUUCAAUUUGCUUUGGAAAGAGGUGUUCCUGCAAUCAUUGGUGUUCUUGGAACAAUAAUGCUUCCUUUUCCUUCCGGAUCUUUUGACAUGGCACAUUGUUCUCGCUGCUUGAUUCAAUGGGGUGCAAAUGGUGGAUUGUAUAUGAAGGAAGUUGACCGAGUUCUUAGACCUGGUGGUUACUGGAUACUUUCUGGUCCUCCGAUCAACUGGAAGAACAACUUCCAAGCAUGGCAACGCCCUGAGGAUGAGCUUAAGGAGGAACAAAGGCAGAUUGAGGACACUGCUAAACUUCUUUGCUGGGAAAAGAAACACGAGAAAGGUGAAAUUGCAAUCUGGAGAAAAGCAUUAAGCAAUGAUGAAUGCAGUGAGCAAGAAACUCAGCGUACAAUAUGUGAAUCUGCGAAUUCUGAUGAUGUCUGGUACAAGAAGAUGGAAAACUGUGUAACUCCUGCCAAACCUAGUGGUUCGUGGAAGCCAUUCCCUGAGAGACUCAAUGCUGUUCCUUCGAGAAUCACCAGUGGAUCCAUUCCCGGUGUAUCCGCAGAGUUAUUUGAGGAGGACAACCGAUUAUGGAAGAAACAUGUGAAUGCUUACAGGCGUGUCAACAAAAUCAUCGACUCGGGGAGGUAUCGCAAUGUGAUGGACAUGAAUGCUGGUUUUGGAGGUUUUGCUGCGGCCAUAGACUCUCCCAAAUUAUGGGUUAUGAAUGUCGCGCCUACGAUUUCUGAGAAAGCUAGCCUUGGUGUUGUCUUCGAGCGAGGAUUGAUUGGCAUUUAUCAUGAUUGGUGUGAAGCCUUCUCCACAUAUCCAAGGACCUAUGACCUUAUCCAUGCAAAUGGUGUUUUCACCUUGUACAAAAAUGCGUGUAAUGCAGAAGAUAUUCUAUUGGAGAUGGACCGCAUCUUACGGCCCGAGGGAGCGGUAAUAUUCCGAGAUCAGGUUGGAGUGCUGAAGCAAGUUAAAAGAAUUGCAAAAGGAAUGAGAUGGAAUACCAAAAUGGUGGAUCAUGAAGAUGGUCCACUGAUUUCAGAGAAGGUGUUGUAUGCCGUCAAAAGAUAUUGGGUUGCCGGUGACAACACCACAAGCUCAGGGUAGUUCCAAGGUUUCAGAUGACAUGAUGAUUCUGAUUUUGAUUUUUUUGGGGCAUGAAGUUUUCUAGAUUCGUAACAUCAGUGAGCAUAUAUUUCUUGUUUUGUUGAAUGUAAAGUUGAUAGAUGUCUUAUUUUUUGGAGAUUAUAAAUUGUAGUAGUCGCUGAUCAUAUUUAUUUAUUUGUUUGGCUUCA